UUUUCACUUCAACUACAUUCUUAACGAUUUAUGCCCACUGUCAUCGAGCUUCCGAGCUCGGAUAAGCCAUCGAACAAAGAGGAUGCUGAACGCACGAGAAUUAUAGAAGAAAGGAAUGCGCUGCAACUGAAGGCUCACAAAAUGAGAUCUGCCAUCGACCAACUGACAGACCAGCUAGAAACCACAGGCCAACAGGUUUCCUAUUUACGAAAUCGACUGCUACGCAUAGAAUCUAGCAAUCUUUUGUUGUUAGAUGGAAUUAAAAGUGCCGUGGUUAACACUACUCCACCAGAAGACGAAGAACUUUCAGAUUGGCAGGAAGAUCGAUAUAUUAGAAUUCGUAAACAUUUGCAGCAACUCAUAAAACAGGCUGAAGCGACACUGGUUUCCACCGGCCAGGAAGACGCUCUUUCAAGCGAACUAAACGACCACACGUGUAAUUCGCUUCUAGUGAGGGAUGCCGAUGACAGACCCGGUCAAGAGAAAAUUGCUCACGAAUUCAAUGCUCUUAUGAAGGUUGUGGACAAUGAUGGUGAUACCGUCUGUGCACUUUGCCAUGUUAAAUCCAAGCGACAGGAACCAAAAAAUUUUCUGGUCAAAUUGAGUUCAAAAUUGGGCAUUCCCCACGAAAUUGUCAUGGCAAUAUGUAAAACUAUGCCAUACCUUGCGCGACACGCCUUUUCAGCAUUCACUAUAUUGACAGCCCUUAUUCCUGCUGUACGUGCUAUUCUUGGUCGUCGUAGAAAGAAAGGUAGCAUACCAAAACCGCGAGUUACAACGGUCAACCGUACAAAAACAGCUAUCAUAUCUGAAGUAGUUUAUUUUGCCAUCAUGUUUAUAACUUACACCCGCGAAAUAUUUGGAUCGGAUGGCACUUUAUCCUCUAUCAUAUCGAGAGGAAAAGAAUUAUGGCAUAUCAUAACGUCUGAUGCCACCAAGGAAAUCGAAGACGGUGGCUCCCAUACUAAAAAACGCGAGCGUAUCCUAUGCAGCUUCGGAAGUUUAAUCAACAAACUAUAUGCAUUCAUCGAAACAAACGAAAGAAACGAAAAGAAUGUUAAAAAGGUCGUAAGCAACACCGUCAAAGUGGAAACCUUAGUAGGCAAAUUGACGCAGGCGUCAAAAUCGUCUAGCUCGCCUCUCAUGCAUAUGGCCACCAUGUUCAUUUAUGCUGCCGGCCUUGUUGGCGCCUGGGAAGUUAGCAAAAGAGCGACAACUUCCAUAUGAUGAUGAGGAUCCCUGCCCUCCCUGACAUUCAAACCUUAAAUGCUGGCAAGCCGUUGCACUUGUAAAUAAUAAGUAUACUGCCAGUCGGUUUAACUCACCUCAUCUUAUGAAUAACUAUAUCACUGCAAUCCUUUUUAAUGGAACCAUGUAAUUUCACCCUCACAAAAAUUAAUUAUAUACCAGUAAACUACUGACUCGCAUCAUUCUA